CUCCCGGUUCACUGACUCAACACACUUCAGACGCUCGACGCGUUUUGUCAUGCGGGCCGUAACAAAGUUGAGAUGAGAAUCACCGGAUGACAGCGUAACUAAUGACACGUCUGGGCGAUAUUAUGGAAAAACAACCCAGAUUACUAUCUUCGAAGCUUUUUCAGGAGCACAGACAGGUAGAAGUUGUUCUAAAUCGCAGUGUUUUGGCGUGGAAGGAAAUUGAGAAGAGCAGAAAACGAAGCUCUGGCAUCAGCAGCAUUUCUGAGACAGCACACAGCCAUGCUGUCCAGGUGUGUGAAAUAGUGGCUGUCCACGAGACCAAAGAUGAUGACCAAGACAACACAGAGACCAGGAGGAGUCAGAAAAAAGCCAAGCAGGACUCCCAGCUGUAUCCCCAUGCAUUCACAGUUUCCUACGUUAGAAGGACAAGGCAGCACCAGUGGCGGUGUAGUGAUGUCACCUUCCACUGUGCCAAUCAGGGACUCUGCAAGCAGUGGAUCCAAGUUAUCAAUGAGCAACUGUCAUUACUCACCAACCGACCGAAGAGCCUUCUGGUGUACAUCAAUCCUUAUGGGGGAAAGCGGCGCGGGAAGUGUAUUUAUGAGCAGAAGGUGGCUCCACUGUUUCGCCGCGCCUGCAUCUCGGCCGACGUGAUUGUUACAGAACGGGCCAAUCAUGCCAGAGACCACUUAAAAACAGAGGCCAAUCUAGAUAAAUAUGACGGGGUGGUGUGUGUGGGUGGAGAUGGGAUGUUCAGCGAGAUCCUGCACGGGUUGGUCACCAGGACCCAAACAGACAACGGCGUGGACCAGAACCAACCAGAUGCUGAGUUGGUGCCGUGUUCUCUACACAUAGGGAUCAUUCCUGCAGGGUCCACUGAUUGUAUCUGCUUUGCUACAGUGGGAACCAAUGACCCAGUUACUUCUGCUUUACACAUCAUUGUGGGUGAUUCCCAGCCGAUGGACGUGUGUUCAGUUCACCACAACGACAUCUUUCUCAGAUACUCUGUCUCGUUGCUUGGCUACGGUUUCUAUGGUGAUGUACUGACAGACAGCGAGAGGAAGAGAUGGCUGGGUCCUGCUAGAUAUGACCUGUCAGGGAUAAAAACCUUUCUGAGUCACAACUAUUAUGAAGGCACCGUCUCUUUCCUCCCUGCAGAGAACAACAUGGGGACCCCCAGGGACAAGCUGCAGUGUCGAUCCGGGUGCUGGGUCUGUCAGCCCAAGCCCUCAUCAAAGGACAAGCAGUGGGGGAUGUCAGAAGAGAAGGAAAAGUCUGAGAAAGAUGGCAGCAGUGGUUGGAGUGUGAUCCGUGGAAAGUUUAUUGCCAUUAAUGCAGCCAGUAUGAGCUGCGCGUGCCCCCGCAGUCCAGAAGGCCUGUCGCCCUCCGCUCACCUCGCUGACGGCACCACAGACCUCAUCCUCGUCAAGAAGUGUUCCCGUCUGGACUUCCUCAAACACCUUCUUCGACACACCAAUAAAGAAGACCAGUUUGACCACUCAUUUGUGGAGGUCCACCGGGUUAGGAAGUUUCGUUUCCAGCCGCAGCACCACGAGCUGGUUUCACUAGAAGACCUGAGCGAGAGUCCAAAGAAGACAGGCUUCAGUCCCAUAUGCUCCGCCCAAACAACCUGCAACUACAGCACCUCCCACAGCAGCUGGAACUGUGACGGGGAGAUCCUGCCUCAUGCUGCCAUCCAAGUCAGAUGUUGCUACAUGUUGUAAAUAAUGUCCAGUGCCAGUUGAUCAGGCUCUUUGCCCGCGGUAUCGAGGAGCAGCAGCAGCAGCAGUGUGUGUUUGAAGACCCUUGUACACUGUGGACUCUGGAGCCAAGCACACACUAGUCAGUGGACUGAGAGCUGGACGGGACAUUUAGCUGUUAGAAAACAAAAACGAAGUUGCACUUGGCAUGAUUUUCCUGGAAAAAUACAUGCAUCACAUCAGUAUAAAUCCCAAACACUGGCGUCCCAUCCCUUCUUAGUGUAUUUGAUUAAAUGAAACUUUCAGGAAGUCCAAUGCGCAGGAAGUGAUGGACUGAAACUUAAAGGUGUGGUUAUAAAAACUCCAAAAAGAAGGCAAAAAGGCUCCCAUCACAAGACAUUAAGAGAGAAAACAACUAAAGAGAAGUUACAUCGCAUGAUUUGUUGUUAGUGUGAAAUUCAGUUAUCUCCUGGGGCUGUUUAUUUUAUAUAUUAUAUGUAAAAUACCUCAUGCAGCUUUCACUAAACUACAGCUGCUAGUGCUAGCGCUGCCACAUUCAAACCUUUUUUAUAUGUACUUUUUGGAAAAUGAAGAUGUAAAAGCUCAGACGAUCUCAAGCAGCCUGGGUGUUCACACAGCCAGAUGAAACAGAGCUGAACUGGACUGAGCUGGACUCAGCCGCGACAAUCUGCAGAAGGUUUUCAUACUGCCAUGAAGGAGAACACUAAUAGGAUUUCUCCUUAUGUAGAAAAGAGAGACUGCCAAGGUGAUACUGCUUUGUAAGAAGGAUGGAGAAAAGAAAUGCCUGUGAAGUACACUGAUAAACUGCAAAGAGUUAAAUUGCCAAGCCUACACCAGAAAGAAAAAAACACAUGCAAUCUGAUCUUCCCUUUUUUGGGGAAAGAGAAUUUCAUCUGUGACCCAGGUGAAAGCAGAUAUGAGCCAGGGGCACUAAUGAAAAGAGCUGAAUACCCUGCUAAUACACUAACAGGACCCCGGUGGCUUCUGGGUAAUAAGGCAAAGUGGUUGCUAAGUGAUUUGGUGUAUCUCAGCACUGCUGUGCCGCACCUGUGGCUCUGAGCUCUGCUUCUCUCUGGCUAAAAACUACCGACAAUCAUCACCUGGGAUUAGCCAGAAUUAUACAUUGUUAAAUUAAUUAGAGAUAAUCUAUUGUACAGCUCUAAAAUUAGCCUCAUUAGCUCCUUUUAGUCGUAGGUCAAGUUGGACCAUCCAAGAAGAAAAGCAGCAGCUUUUUAUUUUUGCUACUAGCUUUUUUUGCUACCUUGAUAUAACUGUAGUAAACCGCAUAUAUAAUAAUAAUAAUAACAAUAAUAAUAAUAAUGUGUUAGGGUAAAUUGUCUGUAUGUACGGUUAAGUGUGUUUUCCACAAGCCCUUUAGGGAUGUGCAAUCAUUGUGUGUGUUAAUGUGUUUGUGAAGGUGCCAAUGUGAUGACUUGGCUCUAUCACAAUUAGCCUCAUGACUGCCAUUUUGCAGAUGCUCUCUCACUGCAGCCAACACGCUGCUAGCACAAGCACCUAUAGAGGAGCAAAGACAGGCGCACACACACACACACACACAAACAUUUUCUAUCUGUUUAUAAUACUAUUUCUGAUAUUCAAUGUCUUUCUGUCACACACACACACACACACACACACACACACACACACACACACACACUUCCCCUAACUUUUAACAACAUAAAAGCCUGCUCAUCUCUUUAAGUCCUCUCCAACUCUGUUAAUACGGACUCUGGAUGUCUAUAAUGUUUCACCUUCAGUGCUUACUUUUGUCAACUUAGUCGGAUGCUAUUAAAUCCUCACUCAUACACACACUGUCAGAUAUGACCAAACACAUUAAAGAAUUUAGCAAUCUAUGACAAUGCAAACAAAGUCAAACUGAAAUUUGAGUUUCCCUCACACUUGUCUAAGGAAAUAUGAUAUUGCAGCUACUGGAAGCUAGCAAGCUAGGAAAGCUAGCUUCCACUAUUGUCUUCCACUUGGAAAGCUGAAGCUAGUUGGCUUAGCUUGCUAACAUUAGCACUGAUUCCCAGACAUUAUUUCUUGUUUAUGCACACUCACUGUGCACCAGUGAGGUGUAAACUGAUUUCUUAGCAAAAAUAAAUUUUAGAUUUCAGUUUGAUAAGUUUUUAUUCAAUCAUGCUGUGCGCUCCAUAUUUGAGUAAACACAUAAAUAAGAUGUGAUGUGAGUAGAUGUGUGAUUUAUUUUAUGAAAAUGCUAAAUAAAGUGCUUUUGAAUUGUG